AUGAGCACAUGUCGAUGGUGUACAAGUGGUGGUUCUGACACCACCGAGCUCCUGAAGAGGUAUGCUUCUCAACAGUUGUCCCCGGAAGAUCUUGAAGGAUCCAGUGAUGAUCUCUGUUACUGCCUGGAGUGUGUGGUUGAAUACCACAAAGCACGGGAAGAAUUGCCGAGGUUGCAUGAGGUGUUGUGGGAGUUGGAAACCUCCCGUCUUGUUGCCCACAUUGAGAAAUCCGUGCGGGAAGAAGCUGGAGAAGAUGAUGAGUUGUUUGUAGUGAAUGAGACUGGAGAAAUGCACAUGUCUGGUUUUGUGGGCCCGGAUUUUGAGAAUAACCUGCGAGUGCCCCUUCUAGAAAUACUGAAAUACCCAUAUCUGCUGCUGCACCAUAAAGUCAGUGAGCUGUGUGUAGAAGUGCUCUGUAGAAUGGAAAAAAGUCACAGCUCCUUUCAGGUCUUUGAGAAAUAUCCAGGAAUUUAUCUCUUUUUGGUACACCCAAAUGAAGUGAUUCGUCGAUGGGCCAUCCUAACAGCAAGGAAUUUAGGGAAGGUUGACAGGGAUGAUUACUAUGACUUACAGGAAGUGCUGACUUGUUUGUUCAAAGUUAUUGAGUUGGGCCUUUUUGAGAAUCCAGAUAUUUACAGCUUUUCAGUAAUCGAAAAGGGUAAACUCAUCCUUCUGCCAUCUCAUUUAUAUGAUACUGCCAACUACAAGAACUACUGGCUAGGGAUCUGUAUGUUGCUAACAGUGCUGGAAGAACAAGCGAUGGACUCCUUGUUACUGGGCCCAGACAAACAAAAUGAUUUCAUGCAGUCUAUACUUCACACCAUGGAGAAAGAAGCAGAUGAUGAUUCCUCUGACCCCUUCUGGCCAGCGCUGCAUUGUUUCAUGGUUAUUUUGGAUCAGCUCGGAUCUAAAGUUUGGGGUCAGCUUAUUGAUCCUGUCCAAGCCUUUCAAACCAUUAUCAACAGUGUGAGCUACAACAAUGAGAUAAAAAAUAUACGCAAUAGCUUUAAGAGGACAAAAUCUGAACCGGACUCAGACUAUAAUGAUGACAUGGUUACUUGCAGUCAGAUUGUGUAUAAUUAUAACACAGAAAAACCUCAAAAGGAUACUGGAUGGAAGACUGCCAUUUGUCCAGACUACUGCCCUAACAUGUACGAAGAUAUGCAAACGCUGGCUAGUGUGCUUCAGUCUGAUAUUGGCAGAGAAAUGCGGGUCCAUCAGAGCACGUUUCUGUGGUUCAUCCCUUUUGUUCAGUCGCUUAUGGAUCUCCAGGACUUGGGUGUAGCAUAUAUAGUGGAGGUCAUUCACUACCUCUGCUCGGAAAUCAAAGAUAUUCUCCAGGAAAGAAUCCAGCAGUGUGACAAAGUCUCUGAAUUUUUCCUCCUGAUCUUGGUGUCCAUUAUUGAACUACACAGAAAUAAAAGGUGCCUGCAUUUGCUAUGGAUUUGCUCCCAGGAAUGGGUGGAAGCAGUGGUGAGAAGUGCGAAGCUUCCAGCUGUAGCAUUUACACGCUGCACUGAAAAAGCAUCUGGACACUCUGUGAGAGGUUCACCAGCGGCAUCUUUACAAACUUCUAACUCUGUGCAGCACGCCUGUGUGCAGCUGAUACGCAGCCUUCUUAGAGAGGGCUAUCAAAUUGGGCAGCAUGCUGUUUGCAAGCAAUACCUAGACAAACUCAAUCUUCUUCUGCGAGGAAAUCUGUCUUUAGGUUGGCAGCUGAACAUCCAGGAGACCCAGGAAUUACAGUUGUGUCUAAAGCAGGUUAUAAGAAGUAUAAAGGACAGAACUUUGAAUACCCUUGUGUCAGUAAGAAACAGUGCAAACUCUACCAUUUCUGUAAAGCAGGAGAAGAGUGCACAUGGUGGUGGAUGCAUGAUGGGCUUCCAUGGCAGACAUGACGUUUACGCAGUCUUCGCUGUCACAUCGAAGGAAGGAGGAGGUGAAGAUUGUCGGGACAACCCUUUCCACAGGAGAAAGAGAAGAGAUGCAUCUAAAAGUUCAAGAUCUGGGACAUCCGUAGAGAGCGUCCUGAUGAAUAUUAAUAAGGAAGUUAAUGACUUGGUGACUCAGGAAUGCGGCUGCCCACAGAACUCUUUGGCAACUAAAAGAUGUGGGACAGUUCAGGAAAAUGCAAAUGAUCUUGAAAAUGCAAAUGAUCUUGUGGCAGGGAAAGGCGUUACGAAUAAUCGGUGCUCUAAUGCCCAGUGUUCAGAUCUCAGAAGUGGAGAGUUGGCGAACAAAUGUGAAGCAGGACCCGUAACACCAAUACGUCCGGCUGCGCAAACUCCUCCUGGUUCUCCAGAGUGUGUUUACAGCUCAGAGGGAAACAAAAGCGAUCCGUCUCCCAGUUACUCUUUGAAGCAUAAAGCAGAUGCGUAUAGAUUCAAAGCUUUGAAAAACACGGUGCAGAAAAUUGAAUGGUCCUCCAGAGCGUUGCAGCCAGCGAAGCCACACGACUUGAAAAACUGCAGUUUGGCAACGCGUGCUUCAGAAGCAGAGCAACCCAAGUUUUACGCUGGCCACCUGUGCACAAGCGACAGCGAACACCAGGGAGCGAAUACAGUGUGUGACAGUGAAAUCUCUGCAGAUGCUCCAUCUUCAAAGGGUUGUGAAAGUACGCGGGAGAAAAGUGUCAGCAGUGCUUCUCAAUCCAGACUGGUCCCAACUAAACGGGUGUCAAAAGCAACACCACUAGAUAGCUCCAGCUCCUCUGAAGAUGAACCUGCUGAGCAGGAAGAUGAAGAUGGUGCCUUGCAUUCAGGGAUUAGUGACACCUUACUGAAAAAAGUAUCCACUGAAGAAAAAUCAAGUUUGUUGUUCAAAUCUCUGUUUAAGAAAGACACUGACAUGCAAAACACAGACAAGGAACAGCUUAAUUUAAAUGACUUGGUUAAAUGUGACCAUAAAGUUCAAAUUUCAAAGACAUUUUGUGCGGAUAAAACUUCAGCAAAAGGUCGUGUUCCAUCUAGCUCUGACAACGAGAGACAUCUGUCCAACCCUGCUCCUCAGAUCUGGCCAUGGUCAAUGAAGUGUGAAUCAAGUGACAGGUUGUUGAAAUUUUCAGAAUAUUUCAAGAAAGAAAACAGUUCAGUGGGGAAGAAAGAGGACACUAUGGAUAUGGUUUCUGAAGACAAUACUUCAACAGAUUCCCAGGUUGAUAGAGAACUCAGUAAAUUAUCUUUAGCUGCUUAUGCCAAAAGUGUUAAUUUUCAAUUUGACUCAAACCAAGAAAGCUCAGUACAUCACAAUGUAUGUGAUAUUAAAAGGAAAGUGAAGGGUGCUGUAAGAUCUUCAUGUGAUAGCCAAAGUACCAAGUCUCCCUGUGACGCAGAUUGCCCUGACAAUCAAGUCAUUAUAAUUUCAGACUCUUCUGAUGAAGAAAGAGGUGUGUCUGACAAGGAGAACACACGAAAAAAGAAUGAAAAUAUGUCCCCCCAAAAGCAGCCUUCAACUUCCAGCUGCACUUCUGAUAGUGAUAUCAAAACAGAGUCGAAGACUCCAAGCUCUCACCUGUCAGUGGAAGACUGCGACUCGCAGUACUUUGAGUUUGAAACACAAGUUGAUGUCUUUUCGGUUUGGGAAGAUACUCAGGAUUAUAGUAUGGAAGCAACUCAGGAGUAUAAGCAAGAUCACGUUACAACAUGUGCUGACAGCAGUAAGCCAGCUGACUUCGUGUAUGAUCACACAAAUGACUGGGGCUACGAUAUGGACUACUUGAGUGAUGGUACUAUGGAAGAAGCAGACUCGAUAGAAAAGCAGAUGGAAGAUACUUCUCAUCAGAAGGAAGUGGAUAAUAUGAAAGAAGUGACUAAUUCAACAUUGCAAGAAUCUGUUAGUGAGGGAAAUGCAAAAGAUCAGCUGGACAGUUUUGCAGACAAAGGUGCUGUUGCUAAAGGCUUCAGCCUGGCCUCAAAAUUGACUGAACCAAGAGCAUCUACCUCUAACAUCUCAUUAGCUUCGAAGUUGGCCCUUAAGAAAAACAGCGCGAGUCCACAGAAGAACAUAGCAAAAGCUAAAGCAGCAAGAACUGUUCAAAGAAGUCCUAAAAAACCUCCUGUUUUUAAAACUGUACAAAAUAAGAAACUACUUCAAAGUACGUCAAAAGUUUCUCAAUGUGGCAGGUCACUGCCUGCUGUGGUUCCUCCAAAGAAAGUUCGGCAGUGUCCUGCCCCAGCGUCAACUGCAGAAAAACUUGGUCUGAAGAAGGCCCCCCGCAAGGCGUUCGAGUUCUCCCAGCGCUCGUUAGAGAGCGUCGCUCAGUUGCGCAGCUAUGGUAAAGCUGCAGGGAGAGUUGGAGCUGCACAGAAACAGAAGAUUAAACUAAUCACUCCUCGGACCUUGUCUGUAAAACAUAAUAAAAAAUUGCUGGCCUGCCAAGAUCUUCAGUUUCUAAGGCAGAUGAGGCCCCAAAAAGAUGUCAGGGUGAAAAAUCUCACAGGGCGUUCUGAGAAUAGACACAAAAAAGUUAGAGUGGAUGCAGAAUCUACGAAGCAAAAGCCUAGGAGUUUUGAACUGGCAUCUGUCAAAGGAGUUUCUGAAAACGGAAAUGGGGAAAGAAGGGAGGAGGAUGUUUCUCCCUUUGCCAGUGAGAAAAAGUUUGAAAGCCCCUCCGUGGAGGGGGAGACGUGUGUCUUUAAAAUUCCUAGUUCUUCAGACUUGAACAGGAAAUCAGAGGGUACCAGUAUGAUGGUUUCUCCUGUUCCUAUGGAUUCAAGCCUCUCUUCCACUGCACUUGCUGGAGAUGAGAAGGGUGAACCUUCAGGAAAAGGUUGCAUUGACCAGUUUACGUGUGAGAAGACAACUUCAAAAGAAAAUGGCUGUAAACCAGAUGAAAACAGUGAAGAUGAUGAUGAUGAUCUGUUUUUAACUCAGUUAGAUCCUGUGGAUAUGGAAUUAUGUUCUCAGGAAGAAAGUGUUCAAGAUACUACAUCAGCUAGUAAAGGACUAGAGGAAGUGAGUAGUGCUGAAAGCCUUCAGCAGAACAGAUCCGUGACUGCUGUGAAAUGCAAGCACAGAGACUGUAUGGAAAAAGCGGAAGAACCAGGGGAGUACUGUGGUAAGCAUUCAGCCGCCUGCUCAGCAGCAGAUCACUUGUUUGCCAAACCUUUCCUGCCGUCGUCUAAACCAAGAAAGCCUUCCACUACCAAGAUUUUCAGCGCAGUAAGUUCUUCGCGGAGUGCAGCCUUCAGCAAGGAUCUUGAAGAUGGUAAAAAGCUACCACCAGCUUCAAAAAGCAAAGCGAACGCAGGAAAACCAGUGGCGGUCAGGCCGCCAGCUCCAAAGGCUGCACCAGCAGGAAAUCAAACACGCGCGCCUGCGAGUUUCGGCAACGUACCUCAACCCCACGCUUCUAGUAACGUGCUCCAGCCACUAAAUAGGCAGAAUGAGAGUGCUGCGAGUGUUUGCAGAAGGCCUGCCCGAGAGGCGUGUUACUCUUCCUUUCUUGGCGCUCAGCAGCGUGAUCAUAGUGUUUUUGUCAAUGAAGUGCUGAAGUGGACUUACGAAAUGUUUGUGAACGCCAGCCAGUUUGGACCUCCAAGUACUCUCCUGCAUUCUGUAGUAGCCCCUGUUCCUGUCCAGUUUCAGGGAUACAAUGACUAUUUUGAUACAUUUUUCCCCUUGAUGAUGCUAAAUGCCUUUGAAACACUGGCACAAGACCGGAUAGAAAAUCAGAAAGUAAGAGAGAAGAGUUACUACUUCUGCUUGCAGAGCUUCUCUGCUGACUUGAAUGCAGCAGAAUUUACAGCUCAACUUCGAGAAAGUGAUUUGGCAAGGCAGCUUCAUCCGAAGGAGGAUGACUUAAUUUUUUUGGUAGUCCAAAAGAAAAAAGACGCCUAUAGGGAAGAAAGUGAGACAGAGAACCAUGUAGUUCAUCACGUUGGUCUUGUGACACGAUUUUCUCGUGCGUCUGGCUGUUUAGCUAGACAAAAGGAGCAGCACAGAGCCUGUCAUCUUUCUGUAAAAACUCGAGGCAAUUUGUCAUGCUUCAUAAAUAAGCAAGUGAAGUGUGUGGUGGUCGGCUCCCUGGUGACCACACACCGGACAUUCAAAGGUCUGGUACUGUUGAACAGGAGUCCCCUCGCUAAACCCAUCAUAAACCCAAGUUACAGUGACUUCUGUCCCAGAGACUUGCCUGUGGCUUCAGAAAGUGACGCAUUGGAGAUGAAUAAAUACAAUGAAGAUCAAAAGAGAGCCAUUGAGACAGCUUAUGCCAUGGUAAAGCAACAUCCUGGGCUUCCCAAGAUCUGCCUCAUCCACGGACCACCUGGAACAGGGAAAUCGAAAACUAUUGUUGGACUUCUGUCUCGUGUUUUGAGAGAAAACACUAGGAAUGAGAAAGCAACUCAAAAAACACAUUCCAGGAUCAAGCCAAACCGUUUUCUAGUUUGUGCACCAUCAAAUGCUGCUGUGGAUGAACUAAUGAAAAAGAUCAUCGUUGCAUUUAAGGAAAAAUGCCAAAACAGACAGGAGGCUUUGGGAAAUUGUGGUGAUAUCAAAUUAGUGCGACUUGGUGCUGAAAAAGCAAUCAACAGUGAAGUCCGGGCAUUUAGCCUGGAUCAGCAAGUUGAACAUAGAAUGAAAAGAAAGCCAGCUGACUCUGACCAGGAUAUUCAGAAGAAAAAAGAAGCUCUGGAUCAGCAGCUGGACAUGCUGUCCCGUCAGCGUGCCAUGCACAGAUGUCAGAAGAGUGAGAGUCAAAUGUUAGAUGAUGAGAUUGGCAGACUUUCCAAGGAGAGACAACAGCUUGCUUCUCAGCUAAAGGAGGUUCGAGGGCAAUCUCAGAAAGUCCAGAUGGAUAUCAUCUUGGAGUCCGACAUCAUCUGCUGCACCCUGAGCACGAGUGGAGGAAGCCUGCUGGAAUCUGCGUUUUGGCGGAAAGGACUCGAUCCUUUCAGCUGUGUUAUUGUGGAUGAGGCAGGGCAGUCCUGUGAGGUUGAAACACUGAUUCCUCUGAUCCAUCGCUGUAAUAAACUUAUCCUCGUUGGAGAUCCCAGACAGCUUCCUCCUACCGUAAAAUCAGUAAAAGCUCAGGAAUAUGGCUACGACCAGUCCCUGAUGGCACGUCUGCACAGACACCUGGAAGAGCAAGUGCAGAAGAAGGUGUUUCGAAGCCUGCCGGUUGUGCAGCUGACUCUGCAGUACAGGAUGCACCCUGACAUCUGCAUCUUCCCGUCCAACUAUGUUUAUGGCAGGACUCUAAAGACAGACAGAGCAACAGAAGAGAACAGAUGUUCUUCAGAAUGGCCAUUCCAGCCCUACCUUAUUUUUGAUGUAGGAGACGGUCGUGAGGAGCGAGACAAUGACUCUUUCAGUAAUCCUCAGGAAGUGAAACUGGUGUUGGAAUUAAUUAGAACAAUUAAAGAAAAAAGGAAGGAUCUGGGUCUUCGUCACAUAGGAAUAAUUACCCCUUACAGCGCACAGAAAAAGAAAAUUCAGGAGCAACUGGACAGAGUGUUUAAGAAUAAAAGCCCAGGAGAAGUGGACACGGUGGAUGCAUUCCAGGGACGAGAGAAAGACUGCAUCAUAGUGACGUGCGUCCGGGCACACAGCACUAAAGGGUCGAUUGGGUUUCUGGCAAGUCUUCAGCGCCUGAAUGUUACAAUUACCCGAGCCAGAUUCAGCCUCUUCAUCCUUGGAAGACUGAAAACACUCAUGGAAAAUAAAGACUGGAAUGAGUUGAUUCAGGAUGCUCAGAGAAGAGGUGCCAUUAUCAAGACAUCAGAAUCAACCUACAGGAAAGAUGCUCUUAGGAUUUUGAAGCUCAAGUCAUCACUACAGCCCCCACCCAAAGCAGGGACAACGAAAUCUCUGGUGCAGGCUAGCUCUUCCUGUAGCAGGAAGGGUGAGCUGGCAAAUCCCAGUGAGGCCAGCAGCCCUGCUGCUGGGGCUGGCCAUGCAGCACCCAGAGGAAGCAGAGGCCCCCAGCAUCCACGGGGUGCUCAGGCUGCCGACUCCAGGAGAGGCAGUGCUUCCGCACCCGUCGAGGCGGCGGCUGCUGAUCGAGAGAAACCCCGGGACCCGAGGCUGGCAAGCAUGGCUAGUAGAACUGAAACAAAAGAGAAGGAGCAGGCCUCCACAGACAGCACUCGCUCAGCCUGGAGCAGUCCAGGAUCAACAUCACAGCAAGGCCUCAACGUGUCCUCAGCUGCCAGCGAUCCGACUGCCAAAACAGAGGCUCCUAAGAAGCCCCAGCACACGGUGGGACAAUGCGACGCGCCAUCCACGUCGCCUCACGCAGCUCGGCACAAGGAUGACGGGAAAGCUGCUGUACCGAGGAGCAGCUCAGAAGCCCACAGUGAAGGAGGUCAGAGUGCUAGCAGUAGGUGGAACAAAGACCAUCGUGCUUUAGUGAGGAAAACAUCAGAGGAAUCAUCAGAAAAGAGGGAAUCAAACAGUGCCAAGCGAAGGAAGACCUCUUACUGA